AGUCGAGCGGCGAAGAGCACACUUCCUGCUUACUUGCUGUCUGUCCCUCAUCUGACCACCAUGGAGGUAGACUCCAGCUAGCGAUUAGUUUCCCCGAACCGAUGUUUAGGCUGUAGCAGUCGUUUAAACGUGCUUGUUGUGCGGAUUGUCCCGAUCUGCGGGUUACAGCCACAAUGUUCUCGUCUGUUUGGAAUUUCGUGAAACGCCACAAGAGGAAAUUUAUCUUUACAGGAGCUCUGGUCGGAGGGGCGUACUUCCUGGGGAGGUAUGCCCAGAAGAAGAUGCGGGACAUCGGGGAGCGGGAGGCGGGGGAGUACAUCUCCCAGGCCCGCCGGCAGUUCCACUUCGAGAGCAACCAGAGGACGUGCAACAUGACCGUUCUGUCCAUGCUCCCUACACUAAGAGAAGCCAUCAUUCACCAGCUGAACUCGGAGAGCCUCACAGCGCUGCUCAAAACCAAACCAGCAAAUAGGCUGGAGAUCUGGGAGGACCUGAAGAUCAUCAGUUUCACGCGGAGCAUCGCGGCCGUCUACAGCACCUGCAUGCUGGUGGUGCUGCUCAGGGUGAAGCUCAACAUCAUCGGGGGAUACCUGUACCUGGACAACUCGGCAGGGGGCGCUGCCGCCAGCUCCAUGGCUCCUCCAGAUGUGCAGCAGCAGUAUCUGUCCAGUAUUCAGCACCUCCUGGGAGAUGGUCUAACAGAGUUGAUAACGGCGGUGAAGCGAGCGGUCCAGGAGACAUUUGGAGAUGUGUCUCUGAAGCACAGCCUCUCUCUGUCGGAGCUGGAGCAGCAGGUGAGCUGGGUGAGGGCCCAGGUGGAGGGGGGCUCCUCGACGGACCCCGGGGCACCCUCCCGCCGGCCCCUCACCUGGUACAUGAUGGCCGACGAGGAGAGCACGCUGGCCGACCAGGCUUGUGGGCUGACGGAGAACGACGUGUUGACGGUGAAGCUGCUCAACGAGACCAGAGACAUGUUGGAGAGUCCGGACUUCAACACGGUCCUCACCACGGUCCUCAACCGAGGCUUCUCUCGUCUCCUUGACAACCUGUCAGAGUUCUUCCGCCCGCCCCCCGGGGACUCGGCCCCCAUCUCCGCUGCUGAUAGCCUAGCUGAGGUGAGCCUACCACUGGCUAAGAUCAUCCCCAUCAUCAACGGUCAGAUCAACACCAUCUGCAGUGAGACCCCCAGCUACUUUGUCCAGGACCUGCUGAUGAUAGAGCAGGUGAAGGACUUUGCGGCAAACAUCUACGAGAGCUUCAGCGUCCCGCAGGACCUUCAGAAGUGAAGCAAAAACCCAGAGGAGGAAGAAGACUGGGGUGGCAGUACAACUACGGAGGAGGAAGAUGAUGAUGCUUCCGGAGCAGCCCUACCUGACCCACCACCCCCUUGGUCCUAGUGCCCCUGGUCCUGCACACUCAGUACAGAGUGGGGACCUCUCUAUUGUUGGAGAUCGAGUGCUAGUCAUGUGACUGGUGUGUUACCGGACACAUGUUGGAUGGGCCGGUUGUCACUGCUGGAUGCAUCCUGGAAAAUUGAGUUUUUAAUUAAGCCUUGGAUUUGAUUCUUGGUUUCGUCACCGACGCAAAAUAGGGAAAACUCUACAAUGCAAGUUCCCUAACCCACAACCAACGAAAUGUCAGUUUAACAGUAAUUGACCUUACAUUGCAGCAUUGACGCUAUACUUUCUGACUCAACACAUACAGCUCAGUCUCAGGCACAAGGAGAAAAUCGGAGUUACAAAGAAACAGUAUGCCACACUAGUUCUUGGCACAGCAAAUUGUGCUGGAUUGAACUGGCCUCAAAUUCGGUGUUGUUGCUCACUUUAUUCACUAGGUGUCACCCUAGUUUCACAGCUGUGACGGUUUCUUAGACUUUUCAAACCAUUGUUUUCUUUAUUCUUUUGUGAAAAUAUAUCUUCAAAUAUCUAUAAGUAUUGGCCAUCCAAUUUCCUACUUUGGCUGAUAAAUUAUUCCAGAUUGAGUCUCCAUCCAGAGUCCCCCUGAUUUUUUAGAUUUGGUUCUUUUCCGCUUUAGUUCCUACGUAAAAAACGACAUUAUAGGGUUGUAAACCCCCCCCUCCAGUUUAUUUAAUUAUAAUUGUCAGUUGUACUCUCUGUGUUUAGGUUGUUGCAGAUUCAGUUUAAUACUUGAAGACAGGUAGAUUUAUGGUAACAAUUAAAUUGAAAACGUUUGAGGCUGUUAACAAUAUGUAUUUUUAAAGCAUGACUUCUAACCAUAAUGACCCGGUCAUGACCACUCAUUGGCCUUUAUCAUCGGCCAAUGAGAGCUGCCGAUGAUGAUCCUGAGUAAGGCAUCGAGUAACAGAA